UCUUUGGACAUAUUCUCAAAUACAGUAUUUAAGAAGAAAGUAAAGAGGGUUAAUUUAUCUCAACAGCUAAAUAAUAUAAAAACUGAGAAUGAAUCUCCAAUUGAAAUUAACAGUGAUGAUAGCAAAGAAGACUGUAGUUUAAAUAAUGAUUUUGUGGAAAAUAGUGCUUCUGUUUUACUUUACAAUAGACAUGUGGAGGUUCUUGUAGAAAGUAUUCAUGAUGUUGAAAGACAGUCAAAUGCUAUGACUUUCAAGAAAAAUUCUAAGAAAGUGAAUCCUAAACAAAGGAUGACAAAAGGUGAUUGUAAAAGGUUAGGAAAAAGGAAAUACAGAGAUGUAAUAGAUCUAUCUGAAAGUUUACCCUUGGCAGAAGAACUAAAUCUGCUUCAAAAUAGUGAUAAGACAGCAAAGAGAUAGUAUCUUCCCUAACUAAUGAAAUUGAGAGUACUACAAAUGAUGCAAACUCUAGUGAUCAUGUUACUGAAACAGCCCAUUUAAAUGAUUGUACGAUAACUGUCUCAUAUGAAGAAUUUUUAAAAAGUCACAAGGAAAAUAAAGUGGAACAGAUACCAGACUCAACAAUGUCAAUUUGUUUACCUUCUGAAACUGUUGAGGAAAUAGGCACAAGUGGUUAUAUAAGUGAAUCAGAAAACUGUGAGAUAUCUCAGCUGAUGCACUUUAAGACAGUUACUGUCCUUGCACAAGUUCACCCCAUUCCUCCAAAAAGGACAAAGAAAAUACCCCCAAUUUUCUUGAAACAAAAGAAAUUUGAGAUGGAAAAUAGUCUUUCUGAUCCUGAGAAUGAACAGACAAUUCAGAAAAGAAAAUCUAAUGUUGUUAUACAGGAGGAAGAAUUAGAAUUGGCUGUGUUGGAAGCUGGAAGUUCUGAAGCUGUGAAACCAAAGUGUACCCUAGAAGAAAGGCAGCAGUUUAUGAAAGCAUUUAGGCAGCCAGCAUCAGAUGCAAUUAAAAAUGGUGUCAAAAAGUCUUCAGAUAAGCAGAAAGACCUCAAUGAAAAAUAUUUAAAUGAAGAAGGACGAGAUAAUAAUUCUAAGAAAAUCAUGGAAAAUCUUAAUAUUCAAAUGGUUUCAAAUGGUAGUUCACAGUCACACGCUGAUAGAAGAAGUUUUCCUACGGAGAAAAGUAAAAUGCUAAAGAAAAAGAAUAAGGAAACAUUAGAUACUGGGGCUACUACAGGUGAAAACCAAAAAGAAAAUAAUCAAAAGAAAGAAACAAUUCUUUCCUUAAGAAGUAAACAAAAUCAGAAUAGACUUAGAAUGAGUUUGAGACACAAGAAAUCAGAAAUUUUCAAAAGCACUACAUUACUUAACAGUGAAAAUCUUGUUUGUGAAGGUAUAGCAAAUGGUGACCCUCUAAUGAUUUCUUCUCUGUGUGACAAGAAUAAAUCAUCAAGGAAAACCAGCACAUCAAUUAAAGAAAAGAUUAUAUAUCCUAAGGCUGAACCUGAAGACAGAUUGGUAAAUGUUUCCACACCUAAAUCAUCCAGACGAUCUAUAAGAAAUAGCAGCACACCUACUACCAUUAGAGGUCCUGAUUAUGAAGAUGUACAAGACAAUAGUCGAGUACAAGUUUUCUACUCCCAAAACAGCCAGUGUAUCAGAAAAGCAUAG